AUGUUUAGGACAACCGUUAGGCUGUUGAUAAAUACAGCAACGAAGCCAUCAAGAUCAUCGUUAGUCUCAUACACAAAACUCGCGCCAUCACUAAAAUUACAUCAUCGCCAAUCGAUAAAGUUUUAUUCAACAAAAGAUGAUAAAGCAGCCGCCGACAAGCAAAAUAAGGAGAAGAAGCCGGGUGAGCCACAAUCAAUUUUGAAUGACGAUAUGCUAGCUAGAGCCGGUUUUGAAGAUCUUGAGUCUCAAAAGGACAGUAAGCAACAACCUAAAAGAGACAAUAGAAAAACAACCGAGGAUCAAGAGCAAGAGCAAGAGCAAGAAUUUGAAGAGGAAGAUGGAUCCAAAAAGUCAACCAGACGCAAAAGAAGAAGAGCACAGACAUCAAAAGACUUGAAACGUGAGAGAUAUGCCAAUAUGUUUUACUUGUCAACUUUAAUUGGAGGUGCUCUUGGGUUAGGAUACAUGAGUAGAGACUGGGAUUCAGAAAAGGAACAACAAGAAAUGGAUGGUAAAGAUAUUUCUAAUGGAUACACUCCAGCAUUAAUGUAUGAAAGAAUGAGCAAAAGAUUAGCAUCAUUAUUUACAUUUUUCUCGGAACCCGCAUUUGAAAACUUGUUGCCACCACCAGCACCAGAACAAUAUCGUCGUCCAUUGACUUUGGUGUUGACAUUGGAUGAUUUAUUGAUCCAUUCUGAUUGGGAUACCAAACAUGGAUGGAGAACUGCCAAAAGACCUGGUCUUGAUUACUUUUUGGGUUACUUGUCACAAUAUUAUGAAAUUGUCUUGUUUUGUUCCAAUUCACAAAUGUUUUCUGAAAAAGCUGUGAGUAAAUUAGAUCCAUAUCAUGCGUAUAUUUCAUAUGCAUUGUUCAGAGAAGGAUGUCGUUACAAGGAUGGCAAAUUGAUUAAAGAUCUUUCCUUAUUGAAUAGAGAUUUGGGUAAAACAGUAAUGAUUGAAGUUGAUCCAGAUUGUGCAUCUUUACAACCAGAAAAUUCCAUUGUGGUCGCAAAAUGGGAUGGUAAACCUGAUGAUUACUUGAUUCGUUUGAUCCCAUUCUUGGAGUACUUGGCUACACAACCAGUUAAAGAUGUUCGUCCAAUCCUCAACUCAUUCACCAAUAAAUUUAACAUUGUUGAUGAAUUUUCUCAACGUGAAGCCAAAUUGAGACAACAAUGGAAAAAGGAUCAUCCACAAGAUAAACCAAAUGCUGCCAAUUUUCUCGCCAAGAUGCUUGGUAUGCCUGUUCUGGAACCCAAGAUGCCAUUGGAUAUAAUUAGAGAACAUGGACAAUUGCAAUAUCAACAUUUCCAAAAAUACUUGCAGGAGAAUGCAGCCAAGUUUUUAGAAGAGGAACAAAAAUUGAAGGAUGAAUUUGGUAAAAUGACUUUGAACAAGUUGAUUACUGAAGGUGGACCAAACCCUGAAGAAAUUGCCAAAGUGCAACAACAAAGGGCCGCUGAAGAAGCUGAAAAGCAAAAACAAGCAGCUGCUGCAGCCAAGUAA